AUGUGUACUCGUUGUGUCAAGCUUCCUGUGCUAUUCUCAGAAUGCAGGCUUAUUUUGGGAAGAAGCUAUUGUCGCUCAUUAACAAAUAAAGCUAAAUCGGAGAAAUCGACGGCGACUGCAUCUGAGAUUUCAACUUCUUUUGUCAAAAAUAUAUUUCUGGGCAAAGGAGUUUUCAAUCAUGUGGUGCCAUAUCCUGUUGAUUUAUCUGAUGAAAAACGAGAAAUGAUUCAUUUAAUUUUGGGACCUACGAAGAAGUUCAUGGAGGAAUUUAACAAUCCCGCGGAGAAUGACGAAAAAGAAGAAGUUCCGAUAGACAUUCUCUCAAAACUUGCUGAAAUUGGUGCACUUGGUGCCUUGGUACCAGAAGAAUAUGAUGGUGCUGGAUUGAAUAAUACUCAGUUUGCACGUGUAGCAGAGGUUAUUGGUGAAUCAGAUUUAUCACUAGCUGUUGUUAUGGGUGCUCAUCAGUCUAUUGGUUACAAAGGAAUUUUGCUUUAUGGUACUGAUGAACAGAAACGUAAAUAUUUACCAGAUCUAGCUACGGGUCGGAAGUUCGCCGCUUUCUGUUUAACUGAAUCAGGCACCGGAUCCGAUGCAAAUUCAGUACAAACUCAUGCAGAGAAAAGUAGUGAUGGAAGGUGUUAUGUUUUGAAUGGUGGCAAACUGUGGAUCAGUAAUGGUUCAUUCGCUGAUAUAUUCACCGUUUUUGCACGGACACAAGUAAAAGAUAAGGAUGGAACAUCAAAAAGCAAGAUGUCAGCAUUCAUAGUUGAGCGGAGCCAUGGAGGUAUUACAACGAGUAUUCCUGAGAAGAAAAUGGGUAUUAAGGGUUCGAAGACCGUCGAAGUUCAUUUUGAUAACACGAAAGUUCCCGUGGAUAAUUUGCUUGGUGCUGAAGGUGAAGGUUUCAAAUUAGCGAUGAACAUCUUGAACAAUGGUCGUUUCGGCAUACCUGCUGUAUGCACCGGUUCCAUGAAAUUUUGCAUUCAGAAAACGAUUGAGCACAUCUCAGAAAGAGGGCAAUUUGGAAGAAAAUUGAAAGAGUUCGGAAAUGUUCAAGAACAGUUGACUGAUAUGGUUCUUCGUCAUUAUGCUACUGAGAGCCUCCUUUAUAUGUUAUCAGGAUUGAUGGACAAAGGUACAGUGGAUUACGAAUUAGAAGCCGCUUUGGCGAAAAUUAUGGCUUCGGAGAAUGCCUGGAUUGUGUGUGAUCGUGCCAUCCAACUUCAUGGUGGUAUGGGUUACAUGAAGGAGUGUGGCCUGGAAAGGGUGAUGCGUGAUUUAAGGAUUUUUCGCAUUUUCGAAGGUGCCAAUGAUGUUUUGCGCUUGUUUGUUGCGUUAACUGGAUUACAGUAUGCGGGCAAGCAUAUGCAGUACAAGAUGAAAAAACCGUGGACUGGAAGCAUUGGACUACUUUUUGAAUCCAUUUUUCCACGCAGCUUCGACUUCCAGUGCCAUCCCAGCUUGAACCAUUCUGUCGCACGUUUGAAGAAAACUGUGCAUAGAUUUGGGAACAUUUCAAGGUUUCUUCUUUGGAAACAUAAGCGAGCAAUAAUUGAGAGACAGUGGGAACUGAUACGAAUGGCAGAUGCAGCGAUUGAUAUUUAUAGCGUUGUAGCGGUGUUGUCACGAUGUAAUCGUGCUGCAAACCAACAGUCAUCCUUUGAAUAUGAACGAAAAUUAGCCGAACUUUAUACGCUGCGGGCGUGUGAACAUGUUCGCAUCCUGCUGGACGAUAUUUCAAAACGAACUGGAGAUGCAGAUAGAAUAAAAGCUGUUUCAGACGAUAUUUUAAAAAAGGGUUCAUUACCCUCAUCACAUCCUACUGAUUAUUGA